CAUUUGUCAUAGUGACAUUUUUCUAGGUUAUGUUAUAAUUCUUGAAUUUUUAUGCAGUGGAUGUAUAUUAUGAUGAGAUUAAUAUCCAUUUUACUAGUCAAUUAAUAGUUUCAAAUCGCAAUGGUUGAAUUCAUACAGUUCAUUGAUUUGGUUAUAACACCAAUCAAGGAAAUAAUUCAACCCUUCAAUAUCACUGAGUAUACCUUGAAAAAAUUCACACCCCCAAACAUUAAGGAUGUUUUAAUAAUAUAAAUCGUAAUAGUCCAAAUACUUGGCGUAUUCAUGCAUUUUAAAUACUUUCGAAUGCCUCAAAAUAAGGCCAUUCAUUGUUAUCUGCUAAUGAGCAUAUGGAUUCUUUUGAUAGUGAUAGGAGUAUAUAAGUUUUGGGAACCCAAACAACAAGUAUUAGAAAGUUCCUCGACUCCAACGGAAUCACUGAACCACUUGGCGGUAGACACGAAAACGAAAAAGAUAUUCAAAAUUUGCAAUUUUCCCAAUGAUAUAUCGUUAGGAGAUGAAGGGAUACUUGAUGAGAAGAAGUGGCUUUUGAAGGGCUUAUUGAUUUUGUUGAGGCAUGGAGACAGAGGUCCCCUUCAGCAUUUGAAAAAAAUUUCAUCAAUCAACUGUGGAACUGACAAUACUGAAUUACUGACUUCUUACAAGGGUUACUUGCACAACCAGUCAAUUACCGGAAAAUUAUCAUGGGUAGGUCCUGGUCCUUUUCAUGGAUUUCCAUACAUACCUACCCAUCCAACUCAAUGUCAGCUUGGACAACUCACCAUGCAGGGUGUCACCCAACUGUUAAAACUGGGCUACAUACUCAAGGUGAGCUACUCUAACAUUUGGAGCAAAUUGAACACUUUGAGUCCCAGUGAUGUGAUUAUCUACAGUACCCGUUAUAGAAGAACAUUCCAAUCUGCUUUGGCUCUCUUAUUCGGAUUCAUCCCUCAUGAGACUUUGGACAAGAUAAAUAUCCACGAGAGCCAGAGUAUGAGUUUUUGCUUCAAAGAUUGUGGCUGCCCCGUUACAGAAAAAAUGUGGAGGGAAGUGAAAAGAAGUAUCUCGCAUCAGCUACGAUCUCAUCCGGCUGUUUCUGCGUUGGCACAUUCGACAGGAAAAUCUUUAUUUUCAGACAGCGCCGAUCAAGCUGUAUCGAUAACGGAUCCUCAUUCUGUUAAAGACGCGCUUUUGACUUUUGUAUGUCACAGAAGUGGGUUGCCGUGUGAAUCACCAAUGAAUUGUAUCAGAAGACAGAAUGUGCUUGGAAUUUUCUCUUAUACAGACUGGGUGAACUACCAAAAAUGGAGGAACAUAUCAUGGAAAAGGUAUUGUCUGCUGAAAUCGUACGGCUUGUUGAGACACAUUGUCCAACAGAUGCUGCAUAUGGUAUCGAAUAGCGGCCCUUACCUUGUCCUUUAUUCAGGACACGAUCAUACCUUGGAACAGCUCUCGACCGCUUUGGGUAUGCAGAACGAUCCGUUUCUGUUGAGAUAUGCCGCUCGUAUUGUGUUCGAAGUGUAUCAAGAGAAAGAGGAGUUCAACAACGCUAAGGGAAUAUACUUCCGAGUACUUUCCAACGGAAAAGAUGUCACGAAGCAAGUUAGUUUCUGUAAAAAUAUAGUCAACGUAGACAGUAAGGUUAAUCUAUGUAAAGUCGAAGAUAUCGUUAGGUUUUUGCAUGACGACUACUUCUCCUCGCUGAACGUUACCAAUUUCAAAGACGCCUGUGUAUAUUGAAACAGUUAUGUUAUAGGUUAUGUUAACCUAAUGGAAUAAAUACACAAGGAAGUACAUG